UGCGAAGGCGACGCGACGCCAUUACGGCUCCUGCGCAGGCGGCGAGAGGCGAGGCGCUCACGGUAAAUGUCGCUCUGUUGGCUCGCUAGGCUACCCCACUAACCCGCAGCGCCGACGCCGCGGACCAGAGACGAAGGCGCAGCACAGGCAGGGCACGAGACCCGCCGCCCGUCGCCGCCCGCCCGGCGCCCGAGCCCAUGGGCGAGUCAAACACAAUGCCAAAGAAGAAGGAUGCUUCUCCUGAGCCAUAUUCGGUGGAAAAGAUUUUGGACAAGAGAGUCAGAAAUGGUAGAGUAGAAUACUACCUGAAGUGGAAAGGUUAUGGCGAUGAAGACAACACUUGGGAACCUGAAUCUCAUCUUGAAUGUCCAGAACUAAUAGCUGAAUUUGAGGACAGAAGAAAGAAAGAUGAUGCGAAAAAGAAAGAGGAGAAGAAGCGGAAAGCCCAGACAUCUGAUGAUCCGUCUAAAAAGAAAACCAAGAAGGCUGUGGAAGAGGACAGUCGACCCAGAGGAUUUGAUCGUGGACUUGAAGCUGAAAGAAUUAUAGGGGCAACUGACUCCAGUGGAGAGUUGAUGUUCCUAAUGAAAUGGCGAGGGACAGAUGAAGCGGAUUUAGUACCAGCAAGGCAGGCAAAUGUUCGUUGUCCACAAGUCGUCAUCAAAUUCUAUGAAGAGAGGCUUACCUGGCACUCUUCAACCAAUGAUGAGGAAGAAGGCAAUCAUGAGGCUGAUUAGAUUUUAUUUUUUUAAUGUUAAGACCUCUCUUCUUCUUUCAAGUAGGCCGUUAUCUAAGGGAUCUUAAUGGACCUUAAUGAUGUACUAGUUAGUAUUUAGAUAUAAGUAGGAGAGUAAAGUACAUGUGUCUUCAUCAAUUUACUUUAAAGAAUAGGAGUAGGAUCAUCUGAUAAUCACUUAUACCUGCGAGUUCCAGGAGUCAUUUUUAUAUAAAAUCAUAAUAUUGCUUUUCCUUAUUUUUGCAAGUAGAGAUUUUUUGUAAUAGGUCUGAAAAUAUUUUUUAUUUUCAAGUCAAGUGUGGAAUAUAGAUUGUACAACCAUUUCACUUAAGGGUCCAUGUCGUGUAAUUUUUUUGUUUCAGUGAUUGUAGAGUAAUUGGCUUGAGGGUUUUCUGUAAACCUGUGUAUUUUUUUUUUUCCCCUUUCCACUUAUAUAUAGGUGUUGCAAAGUAAAUUUUUAUUUUAUAUUAUAAUUUUGUCUUCCCUUUUGAAAUCUAUAGUCAUACCAAUCUCAACUGUAAAACAAUAUGAAAUGUUACCAUGUAUAUUUUCCAUGUUUCGUUAGGUUGAUUAUUUUGCAUUUGUUCCUAAUGACCAUUUCCCAAGCAAGUAUGUGAGUGCAGGAAGCAUGUUUGUUUCUCUUGGUGCUCUGCUUUCCAGUGUUAAAAUUCCUUCCUCUUCCAUUAAAGAGAAAAUUUGGCCAACUCAAGGAAUUAGUCCCAUAAAAAGUAGGUGGCACUGAAACAAGUAUGCCUGGAAGUACCUCUCUAUAGAGAUGUUACUUAGAUGGAGAUAUAUAUUUUAUUUUACUAAAAAGUAAUCCAUGGAGCUUACUAGGCCAGGAAGUUAUUUUUUCUGUGCAAAUAUGCUGGAAAUGUAACUCACUCUUUUUUAUGUAAGGAAAGUGUAUGAUUUAACAAAGGAUUUGUGCAUUGAGCAUUUUAUGUGAAGUCCAUUGUUUUCAUUUCAUUGUACAGUUUGUUUUAUUGAAGAAAGAGUCUGCUAGAGUAACCGUCCUCUCCAUCGACAUGUUACAUCUAUUAUGGAGAGGUUCUAGUGUUUUAGUCCCCUUGUAGCCACAGUACAAAAGUGGUUCUCUAGUUGACAUCAUUAGUUUAUUGCUUGGAAAUAAAGUAGUUAGUCUCUC